AAUAUAUUUGGUUAAAUUUGUUUAAAUAGCCUGAUUUUAAUCAUCAAGAUGGUACGACCUUCGAAUAACCUUUUGAGGACUACACAAUGCAUUUUAGUGUUUGCCAUCUCAGGUGCCCUGUCUGCCAGCUUCUUUCGAGUGCCCCGUUCAGUCACCCCAGCGGGUAUGAGCACCACCCCCACAGCAAAAAUGGCCUACCAGAUCUGCAUGGAGAUCACCAAUCGGGUCUUCAAUGACUCCCUAUUGAGUCCAAAUUCUGAGGACUACAAGAAAAUGUAUGACGAGGUCAACCAAUUGCUUGCUGAAGUCUACGGGUGUCGUACGUGCUCAACAGGAUCCGUUUAUGAGGGCAUUGCAACAAUGACUUUCAGUCAUGGAUCAGUGAUAGCAAACGCUACCAUAGUUUUCUACACAGAGGCUAUCAAUCAAUGGGUGGUCAAGUAUCUCUUUCUGGAAAAUAUCAAAGCCAAUCCUUCUGCCGUUCUCCAGAUAAAUUCAAAUUAUACCGAAUUUCAAGCAACACCAGUACCAGCCGUGGUUCCAAACAUAACCAUCCCCACCACACCUACUACAACCAUAACAAAUACGACUCCCAUGACUACAACCACUACUACUAACCAGCCAACAACCACUACUACUAAUCAGCCAAUAACCACUACUACUAACCACCAACAACCACUACUACUAACCAUCAACAACCACUACUACUAA